AUGGCUUCCACUUCUCGCGGUGCUCAUAAGCGCUUGAUUGUUUGCUGUGAUGGAACGUGGAUGGACUCGUUAGGUAGCAAGAGCGCUGAGCCGCAAUCCAAUGGGACAAGAAUCUCACGACUGCUUCGGCGAACCUGUCAAGAGGGCACCCAUCAAAUCAUCAUGUACCACCUAGGUGUCGGCAGCUCAGAUAGCGCAGUCGACAAAUUCACCGGUGGACUGUUUGGGGUUGGACUUGACCAGGCCAUUCGUGAAGUAUAUAACUUCAUUUGCACUAAUUACGUCGACGGAGACGAUGUUAUUCUCAUAGGCUUCUCUCGUGGCGCUUUCACGGCGCGCUCUGUCGCCGACAUGAUUGCGACGGCGGUUUUGCUGACUCCCAUGGGGUUGGACCAUUUCUACGCCAUAUUUGAAGACUAUGAAAAUAUGGGGGAUUCGGAUCGUGAUCCUAGCCUUUUCUUGGACCCGGAAGCUAAAUGGGAGAUGGAUCGGAAAUCACAGUAUGAAAAAUGGCUUGCGAAGAAUGGACUAACGCGACACACGUACGAAGAUGCAAAUGGCGUGCACGAGAUCAAUAUCAAGGCAGUUGGCGUCUGGGAUACCGUCGGCGCCUUGGGCAUUCCCCCAGCUCCGUUCGGCAAUACUCAGGUUUCAGACCGCGUGGAAAACGCAUUCCAUGCCCUGUCUCUGGACGAACCCCGAUUUGCAUUCCGCCCUGCACUCUGGGAAAAGCUCGAGGGCAACAAAACCAAUCUCCGGCAAGUCUGGUUUCCAGGUAAUCACGCUGGAGUGGGAGGGGGAUGGCAUGAACAAAAAAUUGCCACCAUCACUCUAGCUUGGAUGUGUGAUCAACUUUCAACCGUGGGUGUCGAGUUCAACCCAGUCGUAUCUGGCCACCCAUUCUCCUUCGUGCCCGGCUCUUGGUCAUCGUGGAUCCGGCCGAAGCAACAACUGCCGUGGGCGAAUCCCAAGAUAUGUCCGGUAAAGGCAUCAAGCAUUCAUCGGGAUGAGGCUAAAUGUGAUGGAAAAGAUCGUCAUCCUGCCGGUAGUGCAGAAGAGCUCUGGAAACCGCUCACCUGGUCAGGAACCACAAUCCGGCACCCUGGAACCUUUAUGCGUACGGACCCGGAAACGGACCAAGACACGGACCAGCCUUUGCUCAACACCAACGAAAGAAUUCACAGUAGCGUGCGGGUCCGGCUGGCUUGCCAAGGCCUUGCUAUGGACGACGAUGGGAUAUGGGACUGCAAACCUCUGACCAGAGCCGAUGACGGGAGUGGGCUCUGGAACCUAGAACGCGGCUCCGGGCUUAACGCCUCUGAGGCAGAUAGCGUCAAAGACGGCAAGACCCGGGAGUUGGAUAUUGACGCAGAGGGAGGUGUCUCAAAGCCUUUUCCGGUCGAGAAGGAAGAUGGCCAAUGGAAAUGGGUACUGGCCAGCAAACAGCUCAACGCCUUCCCGCAGACUAGUGUGCUGCCCGAGGAGCCUUUGAAGGGAUACUGGGAACGGAAGUUGCUUGCUUUGACUGCGGGAAAUCCCGACGUGUGGAGGUGGGCGGAGAAAAAUCCCCCUCUAGCAGCGUCUGGCUUCAUUUCUAUCUCAACAACCUCCCCUUGCAAAUGA